AUGGUUCAAACAGAGACAGAUCGAAGGAUGGGUCUUAAUCUGAAUCUAUCUAUGUACUCUUUACCAAAACCCUUAUCUCAAUUCCUCGAUGAAGUGUCUAGGAUCAAAGAUAAUCAUUCGAAACUGUUCGAAAUCGAUGGUUAUGUCGGAAAAUUAGAGGAAGAGAGGAAAAAAAUUGAUGUUUUUAAACGUGAACUACCGUAUUGCAUGCUCUUAAUAACCGAAGCGAUUGGAGCUUUAAAGGAAGAAGCUUUAAAAGGGGUAUCAAAUGGGAAAUUCGAUGUUGGUGAAGGGGCAAAAUUGGGAACUGAGAAUAAGAAGAACUGGAUGAGCUCUGCCCAGUUAUGGAUCUCGAACCCUAAUUCGAGAAGGAGAUGGUCACAAGAUCUUCACCGUAAAUUCGUCGAUGCUCUUCACAGGCUUGGAGGGUCACAAGUUGCUACACCAAAACAGAUUAGAGAAUUGAUGCAAAUUGAUGGUUUAACCAAUGAUGAAGUCAAGAGUCAUUUACAAAAGUAUAGGAUGCAUAUCCGUAAGCAUCCGCCGCAUCUGGCUUCGGAUCAACCGGGUUUGUUAGAUAGAGAAUCGCAGAGUUUAAUAAGUUUAUCGAGGUCGGAUUCGCCACAAAGUCCACUUGUUGAAAGAGGUAGCUGGAAAAGUGAAUCAAAGAAGAAGAGACAAGGAUUGGAUCUUGAGCUUUGA